UUCAUUAGUAGUCUUGAUUUUGAUCAAUUCAUAUGUACAUGAAAAAAAAACUUAAAUUUAAGUACUGUUUUUAUAAUUUUCUAACUUCUGAUUUUUCAUUAGCUUCUCAACAUUAACAAUGUUUCAGGAGGCUCUUUUAGGGGCGGUUCUUGGAGCUUUAAUUCAAGAAAUAGUACAAGCAAAAGAAAAAGCAACUUUCUUCAAGAAAACCCUUCAGCACCUCGAAUCCACGCUCGAGUCGAUAUUUCCGAUAAUUUGCGAGAUCCUGAAGAAAGAAAAUGCUCCGACCGAUGCUUGUUCUAAGUUCGUAGAGCAACUAAAGAAAGCAAAGGUGCUCGUCGAAAUGUAUUCCGAUAUCAAGAAAUGGAAGCUGCUCAAGAAGCGGAAAGUCAAGAAAUUGAUUCAAGAAAUGGAUGCAUCUCUUCAGAGGUUCUUGACUCGAGAUUUUCAGGCUCAACAAUUGCUCUACCUCGCAAUAAUUGUCGAUGAUAUCGGAGAAAGUAACCGAAAAAUGGAUCGUAUAAUUUCUUUGUUGGAAAGAAAUAGUAGUGCCGAUGCAACAUUCGGAAUUGAAUCAGAUUCCAAGCCUGAAAACGAAGAAACUCCGUCAGGAUCAAGUCCGGAGUCGUCUACGAACACUAAGAAUAAGACAUCAAAACCAGCAUUUGAAUUACACUGGCAAAUGAGUAAAGACAAAUGUUUAGACAUUCGCUUUUGGCGUCAUAAUCAUGAUUAGUAAUUUUUUUUUCUUAUUUCUUAUUGUUCAGCUCGUCUGCAGAUUAACCAAAAGGGUUAUCCUUAAUGUAGUAUGAUCAUUAAUUAGUGUUCUAGUUUAUGAAAUUGUAAAAAAUUGCUAGUGAAAUUCCAAGAAAUGCAAUUAUGUUAUCUAGAGAUUUUAAUUCAA